CUCUACCCCUAAGCAACAUGCUGGCCCUCAAAGAAUCCUUAAUAGCAGGAAAACACGGAAAAACAUAAGUGCUGUCUCCUCGCCCCUUUACAGCGCUGUGACCUUGGUCUCCUCUUCCCUCGUUCCCUGGUGGUUGACAGGCUCAUCCUAUCUCCUAAAUGUCAGGGACAAUGUCGGAUUCAUUCGUGCCUCCCACACCGCCUGGCACAAGACUUGCGAGUUGAGCGGGAUUCGGUUCCCUCAGCCGGGUCCCAGCCUCUCCGCCACCUCGGAGUCCAGUCGGUGUCGCUGCUUCCCCUGCCCCUCGGCGCCAGAGAUGGGGGCUGACUCCUCACCCGCCCUGUGCCCUCCAGCCCCGCCCGGGGGCCAGAGCUGUCCGUCGCGAGCCCUCAGCUAUGGAAGCGACCGUCCCUGCGGGGCGAGGCGGACAGGUCCCUGGCUCGGGCUGAAGGUGAGGAACACAAAGCCCCGUUGUGACGGCCGGCGCGAUUCCGGGCAGGCAGCCACGGGAGACAGGAGGCGCGGGGGGUGGGGGGAGCGGCAGGAUUUCCCAACCUCCUGCUGCAGCCGGCUGCCCAGGGAGCAGAGCCGGGUGCAAAACCAAGGUGUCCUUUCUCCGUGGGCAGCGGCUUCCUCCUUCCUCCACGGGGCUCCCAAGCACCCGCGCCCGGCGCUGGAAUGGAAAAGUGGAAAAGAGGAAGCCACUGAGUCGAGGUUGGGGGAAGGCGGUGUUUCCAGAGCUGCGGGGCGAGGCCAGCGAGGGAGGUGCCCUGCUGAGCCUGCCCAGGCAGUGGGGACGGAGCAGGCCGGGCUGGGAGCCAGUCUGGCAGGGGGGCAGGAACGACCGGUUCAGCGGAGCGGAAGACCGAGGCUGCCGGGACGAGCGGGCUGUGUAGCCACUUUCUCCUUGGUCUGGAGCAAGCCCGGGGCAGGGCCGGUGGAGCGCUGUCUGCACAGACCAACGCCAAAUGUUCAGUGUCUCCGGCCACCAGAGAAAUAAAAGCACAUUGAAAUAACACUGAGAUUCAUCUUCCUGCAGGAGAACAGCCAUCAA